AUGCCAGAAUUCAAAAAUCUUCGCGCAGUUGGAUAUCAAACCGACGAACCUUAUGUUAAAUUAUCGAGUGCUUGUUGGGAUUUCAGUUGUCCGAAUCCGGGAGCUGAAAUUGAGUUUCUAGAAAUGACUUUGGAAUUGAUGAAUGCGACUGCAACAAUAAUUCAAAUUGAUGCUGAUAUUGAUUUGAGUAUUCAGAUGGUUGCAAAUGGAUCAGCUGAUUUGACAUUAGUUUCAGCUAGGCAAACGCUAGAGAGAAUGAAACUUGUAAGUACAGCCUUCCAAUGUUUUUAAUACAUUUUGUAAUAGAGAAAAAGUUCAGAAUAAACAAAAUGUUAACAUUUCAUAAGGUUUUUCACGAAUACACAUAUUAUUUCAUAAGUUUGAAUAUUGAUGAGCUUGAAAGUGCGCUCCAGUUCAGAUAUCCAAAAAAAUAAAGUUUUCUUCUUCAAAAAAAAUGCACCGUUUCAAAAAUUUCAUAUGAAUUUUGUGACAGUACUGAUAUUUUUUGAAAAAUAUCUUGUUCACAGAUGAAAUUUAUUUUUGAGUUCAGCUUGAACUUGAGUUCUGACCGUCUAUUUUCCAGGUUGAUUUCACCACUCCAAUUGGUUUCGUUUAUUAUGGCUAUUUGCUUCGAGAAAAUCCUGAAAUUACAGUAGCUGAUUAUAUUGCAAGUAUAUUUGAUCUCGAUGUAAGUUUCACCUUUCACGUACCACCAAAACCUCCAAAUAUUAAUUUCAGACUCUUAUAUCUCUAAUUCUAUUUGCACUUCUUGUUGGAUCUCUCAUAUUUCUUUACACGUGGAUUUUCGAUCUAAGAACUCGCUCAUUGUUUGAUUGGCUUAUCGUAACUGCAGCUGGACUGAUCCGUCAAUUCUCCUUCAAAAUAUCAAAUCCAAUUUGUGCUCUUGUUAUUGUUGGAGUUUGGCUUUGGUGUUGUCAAAUUAUUGUAACUUAUUAUGAAGCGAAAUUGAAGAGUUUUCUACUUCUCGCACAUCAUCGUGGCUCAUUUUUUGAUACUUUGGAUGGUGCUUUAGAUGCUGUUGAAAAUCGAGGUUGGACUAUGAUAAUACAAGAUCGCGGAUAUACACCAUAUUUGUGGUGUAAUCCGGAGCAAUGUAAACGACUAGACCGAUUAAAAUCGAGGUCGGUUUUGGUAAUUAUUACAGUAACCUUCUAAAUGUCUUGUUACAGUAUAAUAAAUAUAAAAUCGGAUGAAGACUUGUUGGAUUAUUUAUCAAAAGGAAACUAUUUCAGUUUUUCUGCACUGUCUUCUGAUAUGGCUGAUACUUCAAUAUCCUAUUACAGUUAUAAAAAUAAAAUCUUAUUUGUCAGAGAUAAAUUAAUGGCUCCUGAAUAUCUUGCAUACGCAGUUUCAAAACGAAUCAAAGGCCUUCGAGAACAAUUCAAUCGAGCUGUUGCUAUAACUACAGAUGGAUAUGGAACUAUAAGAUCUCGAUAUAUGGAAUCUUUUCCGAAUUAUUUUUCAACAACUGAACAAAAUCAAAAUGCUUAUCAACUUGAAACAUCUCAUUUUCUGCAAUUAUAUAAGUUCUGUUUGAUUGCUUACGGAGUCGGUGUAAUAUUUUUGCUAGCCGAGAUUUUAUUCAUUCGAAUUCCAAUUCCUUAUCGAAGUUUCACCUAUAAACUUCGUGGAUGGUCUUGGCGAUUUAAUCGACCAAAAUGGACACAUUUUCCAAGAAGAAGCACUAUUAUUCUACCAGUUCAAAGAAAUUAUACACCUCAAGUUAGAAGAAGAUUAACUAUAACUUGA